AUGGAAAAAUUGGUACUUGCGCUGCUACACGCCUCUAGAAGACUGCGCAGAUACUUUACAGGGCAUGUGAUAACAGUACUCACCAACUUUCACAUCGGCACUAUUUUACAAAAGUCAGAAACAUCAGGGCGGUUAGCAAAGUGGGCGAUCGAGCUGGGGGGGCACAACAUCUUGUACAGGCCGCGCCCAGCCAUCAAGGGUCAAGUCCUUGCGGACUUUAUCACAGAAGUCCCAGUGGAAAAAAUCAAGGAUUGCGAGAUUGUUGAGAUUCCCAUGAAGGACACGUCUAAUGAGUUAUGGUUGCUGUACACUGAUGGGGCCUCAAAUGAGGAUGGCGCAGGAGCUGGGUUGCACCUUGUGAGCCCCGAGAAGCAGGAAUUUACAUACGCCAUCAAGUUGGAUUUCAAGAACACCAACAAUGAGGCAGAAUACGACGCAUUCUUGGCAGGUUUGCGCCUCGCCAUAAAAAUGGGAGCUAAAAAUCUGCAAGCGCACGUUGAUUCACUCUUGAUCGCCAGCCAAAUCAACAGAAUUUAUGAUGCAAAAGGCGAAGUUAUGGCCUUAUAUUUGGACCAGGCAAAAGAGUUACUCCAACAAUUCAAGUCGUACAAGGUAGUUCACAUCAACCGCUCCGAAAACAAACCAGCAGACACCUUAAGCAAGCUCGCUUCAACUUUUUUUCAACAUCUCGCCAAAGAUGUAAGGAUUGAAGUACUCAAAAAUCCAUCAGUGCUGCUACGCCAGGUUAAUGUGAUCGAAGUAGGGCAGCCAUCUUGGAUGACCCCUAUAAUCCAAUAUCUGCAAGAAGGAAUACUCCCGGAAAGCAAAGCAGAGGUAAGGAAGAUCCAAAACAAGGCCCUGCAUUAUGAAAUGAAUGGUGGUAUCUUGUACCGAAAGUCCUUCUUGGGGCCAUUGUUGCGUUGCGUGGACCCUCAAGAUGCGAACUAUUUGAUCAGGGAGAUUCACGAAGGAAUUUGCGGCAUCCAUGCAGGCCCACGCAUGGUUGUCGCGAAGAUUAUGAAUGCUGGAUACUACUGGCCAGGGAUGCAUGUCGACGCUCUAAAGGAGUUGCGCAAGUGUGACUCAUAUCAAAGACACUCCCCAAAAACCCUGCGCCUGAAGAAUGAUCUCAUCCCUGUGUCCACUGGUUGGCCUUUCCAACAGUGGGAAUUGAUAUGGUGGGACCUUUCCCUGAUGCUCUGGGAGCUGUGA